ACGACGUCCGGGGCAAGCGGGCGGCGUCAGCGAGCCGGCCGUCGUCGUCAGACAUUCGCAGGAUGCGCGGACUAGGAGCAAGUCUGUUGCUCGCCACGCUCUCCACCCUGGUCCCAACGACGACCGCUGCCCCGGAGCCGCCAAAGAAUUGCAAUGAGAUUCUAGCGAAUGGUGGAGACCAACAAGAAUUACUUUUAUGUCAACUAAGCGAAAGCAGUACGUUAUUAGCUCAACUGGGCAUUCUCGUCUCAGAAGGUCUCGACAGAUUCAUGCAGAAUCAAGGUAUUAGUGCAGAGCAACCAAGCGAAGUCGAAACUGGUGUAGAAAAGAGGAAACACGAGUAUCUGAGAUUCGGCAAGAGAAAGCACGAGUACUUGCGAUUUGGAAAGAGAAAGCACGAAUAUUUGAGGUUUGGAAAGAGAAAGCACGAAUACCUUCGCUUUGGACGUAAGUAAACGCAGCAACAUUUGAUGAAAGUCGAUCUACCGCGCAAUCCUUCUUGUACCUAUUUAUUAUGUUGUCACGACUUAGGACAUAAACACGUCUUUUGUCCUACUCGCUAGCCCCUGGUGCUCUUCCUGUCCGUUGUGAAAAUAAUUGGAAUGAUUAAAUACUGUGAAUUUGCUGAUUGUUCAUAAAGAAGCACAU